AUGGCGGAAGCUGCAGCCAAAUCUGUGCUGGGUACGAUCAGUCGGGGACACCUCGAAUGCCCAAUUUGUUGCUGUCGUUUCACCGAUCCCAAGAUACUGGACUGCCUGCACAGCUUUUGUUUAAACUGUCUAGACAAGCUCAUCAGCGGACAGCAACCCAAGGCAGACGAGAUUACCUGCCCGGUUUGCAGACGGGGGACUGCAGUACCAGACACCGGAUUGCAGGAUCUACCCAACUGCUUUUUCCUGAGUUCCCUCGUCGAUGAAUUCAACAAGCAGGAGCGGUUAAUAGGAGACGCACCAGCGGAUACUCGUACGUGUGCAGAAUGCGACGAUGGCAUAGAAUCCGUCUCAAGAUGCUUAGACUGUGACGGAAACAUCUGCCCGAAAUGUCUGAAUAUGCAUCGAAAGACAAAAUGCAAUAGGAGACAUCGGAUCGUCAACUUUGAUCAAACUAGAGUAGCGGUACAUCCUGCGGAAUCUAGGAAGAAAGAUAACCCGCAAUGUAACAAGCACACUAACCAGGAACUCUGCAUUUAUUGCGAAACAUGCAAGAUGUUGGCGUGUGCAAAAUGUGCUGCGUUCGAUCAUCGAACAGCGGAGCAUGAAUUCCGAGAAGUUGCCGAUGCCAUACGAUCGCUCCGUCAGGAUGUCGGCGAGAUUCUGCAAAAGUUCGAACAGAGAAGAGAGGAAUUUAAAGUCGCCGACGAUUUACUGACGCAUACCAGGAACAGGUUGAGAAGCAUAGUAUCUCGGGCUUGUAAAGACAUUAACGCCAAAGAGGAAGAAGAGAUUGCAAAAAUCAGGAAUAAAUCUCGCCUUCUGAGAGACGAAGUAACACAAAUCGGAGAAGAACGAGAUGGGAAGUUCGGGGAAGUGCUGAAAAGCAACCGUGACAAGAUGGAGCGGGCCGAGCAAGUAGUAGCGACCGUCAAGGAAUUGAUGCGGCAAGCUGACGACUUUGAGCUUUUGGACCUCAAACCGAAGGUGAUGCAUAACCUUGACUUCCAGAGGGAGCUCAAAUUGGAGCAUGUACAGCAUGAGCUCUCAUUCAUCGGGGUCAAAUGGCAAGAUGUCGUGGCAGAUACAACCCUCGGGGAAGUACUUCAGGAGGAAAAGUGGCAGUUGAAAAAAGAGUUUGGUAAGUGGGGGCCGGAAGUUGGAGAAUUUCAGUGUGCCGCAGGCGUCGCGUGUCGAAGCAAUGGUGACAUUGCCGUGACAGACAUAACCAAACGGCAGUUGAUGAUUUUUACUUCUGCUGGAGAGUAUAAAUCUAGUGUUGGUCGGGACAAGUUGAAUGACCCCUGGGACGUUGCUGUGACCUCUGACGACUUAGUUCUGGUCACUGAUGAAAAUCAUGUAAAUGUGUUUGACUCUAGUCUAAAAUUCACGCACCGGUUCGCACCAUCACAAAACAAGGAAGACGUUGAUACAGAGAUUGAUCUUACUGGUAUCGUUAUGGACAAGGAGAAUCGGAUAGCAGUGGCAGACAGAGGGAGAAGGCUGAUAUCUCUCCACCAUCUGGAUGGGUCCUUGAUUACAACCAUUCCAAAUGACAUGGUCGGUGGUGGUUUGGCCACAGGGAUCAGGGAACGCUUGAUCUUCACAAACUACCAGGAGGCCAAGUUGAUGUGCACUACUUAUACGGGAGAUGAGGUGUUCAAUGUCAGCACUUCACUUGACGGUGAACCUGUACGACCCUUGCGCGUGUGCUGCGAUGAAGCUGGGGACAUCUAUGUUUCUGUUUGUCUCGUAAAUGAUGAAGGCGGUGAGGUGCACCAUUAUUCACCCGAGGGGGUAUUCAUUGGGCGGGUGGCUCGCGGACUUGACUUUCCCCGGGGCUUGGCAUUCACGCAAAGCGGAGACCUUCUGGUGGCUGAUAAAAACUCAGUUAAAUUUUACAACGUAUGUUAG